CAAUGUUGCAUUUCAGCUGAUGAGGUACAUGUGGUCCAAGCUUCCUAUCCCCACUCAGGAUCCUCUUGUUCAACUCGCAGUCAUUGAGACCCGACAGGAUGGCUGCCAGGGAUUUGGCAGCAGGAUCGAUCUUCUUAAUACAAACCAUAAUCGGACUUCUGGGGAAUUUCUCUCUUCUUUACCUUUAUCUCUUCCUUUAUUGCAUGGGACAUAGGGUGAGGACUAUAGAUUUGAUUGUCAAGAACCUAAUUGUAGGCAACAUCUUGGUUCUGUUCUCUAGUGGAUUCCACUAUACAGUGACAAAUUUUGCGUGGCAUCAUGUCAACAGACAAUUUGAAUGCAAAUUUUUCCCUUAUGUCCGCAUAGUGGGCAGGGGAGCGUCCAUUGGCACCACCUGCCUGUUGAGUGUCUUCCAGGUCAUCACGAUCAGUCCCAGGAACUCCAGGUUGGCAGAGCUUAAAGUGAAGGCUCUCAGGUUAGUUGUCCCUUCAGUUACCCUGUGUUGGAUCGUUAACAUGCUGAUCAAUGUCAUUUAUCCUAUCUAUAUGACUGGAAAUUUGAGCAACACAAGCACCACAGACAGAAAAAGUUUUGGACUCUGUUCUUCUGUUCGUCUUGAUCCAACCACGGAGUCAUUAUAUGCAGCAUUGAUAUCCUUCCCUGAUGUCUUAUGUUUUGUCCUCAUGAUGUUGGCCAGUGGCUGCACAGUUUUCAUCCUGUACAGGCACAAGAAGAGGGUGCAGUACAUCCUUAGGAUUAAAGUCUCCUCCACAUCCUCCCCUGAGACCAGAGCCACUAAAACCAUCCUUCUCCUGGUGAGCACCUUUGUCUUCUUUAACACCCUUUCCUUCAUCAGUAAUAUCAUUUUGGCUGUUUUUAAUAGUCUUAAUUUGUUUAUCAUGAAAACCUCUGCAAUAAUCAUUGCGUGUUUCCCAGCUGUCAGCCCCUUUCUGCUCAUCAGAUGUGACUCCAGGAUUUUCAGGCUCUGCUUUGGCCGGAUAAAGCAUGCAGAAUCCACUAAGCUUGUGAGAAGGAUGUAAAUUGUACUUAAUUGCACUACAUUUGUUUGGUAAUUCACUCAAUUCACUCAGAGUCCUAUGUAAAUUUAUGAGUGGCUUACCAGACAAUGGUAAACAGAACACAGAGAGCGUCUUCUC